AUGAUGCACCCGUCGCGUCAGGCAUAUGUCGAGGAGGCCCAUUCGCCUGCGGGCAUUGCGCUAGAAGAUUUGAAGGAUGAUACAGACUACGACAUGCCCAUGGCGCCGGGCGCACCUCCCGAGAAGACGUCAGCCAUCCUCGACCAGUUCAAUCGAAAACGACUUGCUGCGACAAUUGCUGUGCCCACGGAUGAUGGCCGCGUUCGAGCAAAGCUCAGGGAGAUUGGAGAGCCCAUCACAUUCUUCGGGGAGGGCCCAGGCGAUCGUCGCGACCGGUUACGAGAGCUGAUGACCAUUCAAGCCGAACUUGCUGGUCUCGAAAAGGGCGAUGUUGACAUGGAAGAUGCCCCGGCCGAAGAAGAAGCCGAGGAACAGGAAGAGGAAUUCUAUUCCAGAGGAGGCGAGAAACUCCUGAAAGCGAGAAUGAACAUUGCAGAAUACUCGCUGCCUCGAGCCAAACAAAGGGUUGCCUAUCAAAAGCAGGAGGCGACCAUUCCUUUGCGAACCCACGUCAAGUUUCGGAAACAGAUCAAGGAAAAGCUGCAAGAGUUUGAGCUACAAGGCAGCCAGACAGUUGGACAAAGAUACAUAAGCAUGACCAGAAUAUCGCCCAACGGAGAGCUAGUGGCCGUGGGUAACUGGGGCGGCCAGGUCAAGUUGGUAGAGAUUCCCAAUCUGACCGAGAAGAUGAAUCUACGAGGCCACACCAACAAGAUCAGUGGUUUAUCUUGGUUUCCUGGGGCGACCCUUCCAGACCAAGCAGUCUCCCCAGACGCUGUGAAUCUGGCUUCCGGCGGGGCCGAGGGACUGGUGCAGCUGUGGUCACUGAAUCAGGACACCCCUUUGUCGACAUUACAAGGACACACACAGCGCGUCUGUCGUGUAGAGUUCCAUCCAUCCGGUCGUUAUCUCGCCUCAGCGUCAGAUGAUACAUCAUGGAGACUCUGGGAUGUUGAGAGCACCGCCGAAGUGCUGCUGCAAGAAGGCCAUUCAAGAGGCGUCUACGCACUGAGCUUCAAUACCGACGGAUCCCUCUUGGCUACCGCUGGUCUGGAUAGCAUUGGUCGUAUCUGGGACUUGCGAUCUGGAAGAACAGUUAUGAUUCUGGACGGCCAUUUAGAUGGCCACAUCAAGCCUAUCCAUGCGCUCGACUGGGGCUCAGACGGCCAUCGUGUCUUGUCUGGAUCCGCCGACGGCUGGGUCAAAUGCUGGGAUGUCCGCAAGGUCCAAAGAAUAGGGGGCGUCGGCGCCCAUAACAGUGCCGUCUCAGACAUGCGAUGGUUCAAAGGCGUCGAUGAUCCUCUUGACGGAACUCCACCUGGUGUGGAUGAAAAGGGAGCCCAGAUUCCCAAGAAGUCUGGAACUUUCUUCCUGUCGUGCGGGUUCGAUAAGGAAGUCAAGAUCUUCUCAGCGGAUGACUGGACACUGAUACAAACCUUGAGUGGGCAUACGGGACCGGUUGCAAGCGUGGAUUAUAGCAGAGACGGCAAAUGGAUAGUGAGUGGCGGUCAUGACCGGACAGUCAAGCUUUGGGGUCGAAACAAUAGCGAGCCGUUGUAG